AAGAUCAGUUCAGCAAUUUUACUAUGUGCUAAACAAUUGAUAGCCCUUCGUGGACAUGAUGAACGUAUUGAGUGAGUAAACUAGAGUAUUGUUCUGUUCAUAUGAAAUAUAUAAAUAAAACGGAUGUGUUUUUUUGUAAUAGUUCAAACAAUCGUGGUAAUUUGAUUGAAAUAUUGAAAUGGUGUGCUAAAACUGAUCCAUUAGCUAAAGCUGUGUUGGAGGAAAGUGCAGCCAACGCUACCUAUAUAUCACAUCAUAUUCAAAAUGAAUUGUUAAGUAUUAUGGCGAAUCAAAUACGUGAUAAUAUUGCUGAAAAAUUAAAUGGAAAUGUAUACGUGUUACUAGCGGACGAAGCAACAGAUGUCAGUCACAAUAAACAAUUAUCUAUUUGUCUUCGUGCAGUUGAUGAUCAAUAUAAGAUUAAAGAAUACUUCAUGGGAUUUGUUCGUCUUUGUCGAUUUGAUGCUGCUACUCUAGCAAAAGAAAUAAAUACAACUUCAACGUUAAAAAAAUGGGCAAAUACACGAUGGGAUUCAAGAUUUACAUCGAUAGACUCAAUUAAAAGUAAUUAUUCAGCAGUUGUUGAAGCAUUACAAGAUUUGGUACAUGAUGGAGGUAAUCGUGCAGUUGAUGCAAGAGGUUUGUUGGUGGUUCUGAAAGAUUCAAUGUUUAUAAUAGCAAUGUUUAUUUUACAUCGUUUGUUUGGUCCAAUUAAAAUCCUUUCGGAUCAGCUAAAAGGUAUAUUCUUUUUCCCUAGAAAAAGGCUUGAUUAUACUUUAAUUUUUAAUACGAAAGGAAUAUGCACUGAUCUCGGUAGUGCACACAAUCUUAUCAUAACAAUUUGUGAACAAUUAAAUCUUAUCAGAGAUGAAGAUUCGUUUAAAGAAUUGUUUCAACAAGCAAUAAUUUUUGGGAAUAAAAAUGGUAUUGAUAUGAAUGAAUCUGUUCGAAUGCGGCGUCAAAAAACAAUUCCAGCACGUUUUAAACAUUGUGUUGUCACAACAACAGUUGGACACCGAAAUUACAAUAAUACUGAAGAGAACUUUCGAGUGACUAUGUACUUUCCAACAAUUGAUUCUAUAUUGGUCGAAUUAAAUGAACGAUUCUCUCGUCAUAACUUACAAAUAGCAAACAGCAUCACAUCUUUAUCACCAAUCAAUGAAAAAUUUCUGGAUAUUGAAACAUUACAACCAUUAAUUGAUCAUUUAUCAUUGGAGAAAAACAUUAUAAAAAAUGAAAUAGCUGUUAUAAAACCCAUGAUUAAAGAUACUAAACUGUCAACUGUCUUUGAUGUACUCAAUGAAUUGAAGACAAUGAAACAAGCAUUUCCUUCAACUGUUGAUUUGAUCAAAGGUGCUAUCACAUUUCCCGUGUCAUCCGUUACGUGCGAAAGAAGCUUCUCGCGAAUGAAAUUGAUUAAAACAUAUGCUCGAAACACGAUGGGAGAUGAAAGAUUGAGCGAUCUUGGUGUGUUAGCUAUAGAAAAAGAAUUUAAAAUAGAUUUCGAAAAAGUUGUCGAUGCAUUUGCCAAAGCGCACAAAAAUAGUAGAAUCAUGUUGAUAUAG